AUGGUUGAUACCAUGUACUACAAGUCCAAAAGCUACGCGGAAGAUUUGACAGAGGGCAAAUUCAGUUUUCCGAUUGUUCAAGCUAUCCGCAAUUCUCCGCAAGACAGUCAAGUCAUGAGCAUUGUUUCUCAGCAUACGACUGAUAUUGCCUUGAAACGAUAUUGUAUUCAACAUAUGGCUGAAUUGGGUGCCUUAGAUCGCACGGUGGAGGCCUUGGCCGAAUUGGAAUCCCGGUGUCACGAUCUUAUUCGUGAGUACAAUGGCAACAAACACCUGUCCGAAUUUGUUCAUGGUCUGGCUCGACUGUAUCGAACACCGGAUAACCAACUCCGACGACACACUCCGGAAGAGUUCGAGCAUCAUCCGAGCCCGAAGCAUGCACACGCGAACACGAACCCGUGUGAUCGGUCGCGAAAACCGUGUAUGAACAGCACUACGACAACUAGCAAUUCGCACAGUUAG